AUGUCUCAUCAACAAACAACGGUGUCAAUGCUGAUCGCAGCCAACUAUCAGCAAUAUGUUGAUUAUGUUGUGUAUUACAUUUCCGAGCAUCCAUUCUUUAAAAACAAUCCUAAAUUCCCUCCAGAAAGUAUUAAACAAAUUGCAAUCUUUUUUAUUCAUGAAGCCCAAAAGACUUGUUCUACUCCAGAAGAAUUAAAUAGCUAUUUGCAAAUCAUCCCAAAGAAAGCAGAAGAAUAUUAUAGGCCUCAACUGGAUGCAAGUACUCAUCGACAACAGCCUAAAACAACACCGACAUCUCAACCACAGCAACAACAAGCACAACCUGAACUCAAACAGGAGACUUCUACUACUCAUGUACAGCCUUCUACUGCUCCUCCUGAUCAAAAGCAACAAGUUAAAACAUCUACUACACCACAAUCAUCACCCCAACCAGCUCAAAGCCCUUCACAACAACCCAAUGUCGCCGAAUCCAUCUCAUACGAAUCAUUAACCAGUCCAGAACUGAUCAAGAAAGAGUUUUGGAGAGUUUUUUUUACUUUAAAAAAAAGGAAAGUUGGAAAUGUGGAUUUAAUAGUUCAUUUAUAUGAAGAAUUUAAGAAACUUUCGCCUCAAAUACAGUCAUGGAUCCAUAAAGUAACAGAAACGCCUGACAAUGGAGAUCUAUUAGCAGAGUUACAAGACAUUGACAACAAGUUUAAGAGGCUGAUAAAAUUUGUGAAAGAUUGUUUUUUAAGCAUUCAUGAGCAUUAUCAUAAAUACAUGGAAGUUCUCAAGGAGCUGGACCCAAAGGAACGAGAGAGCAAAGCUUUCAAUAAUCUAGUUGAAAAAUCUCCGGUGGAAACAUCAAAGGAAAAAAUCAAACUUUUAACACAAAUGGAGGUAAUUUUGACUACAGAAAAAGACAAACUCACUAAAUUUUCUGGAAAAUACGAAAAGAAGCUGGAGGAAAUUCAAAGAGUUAAACAAGAGGCUCAAGAAUUUUUAAAAUCACUUUCAGACCCAAAGAAGAAAUUGGAAAACGACCAACGUCUGAGCCAAAUAUUUGACAAAGUUAAGAAACAUAUACAUGUACCCACAUUUGAUGAUUUACUUGAAGAAAGUUCUGAAAAACGUAAAAUGGACCAAAUAGAGGAGGAGUUACCAUCGAAGAGUAGAAAAUUCGAGAAUGGGUCUUUGGAGAACGAAGUGCGUAGAACUCGACUUUUCAGCGCUUUUCUUAAAUCAUUACUUCACCGGCAAUAUUAUGAUUCACUCUCAUUUAUGAACUUUAUUUCUCAAUUUACUAAUUCCCUUAAACAGCAUCUGAAGAUCGAAAACGGAUCAAACUUAGAUGCCUCCAUUGACUUGGAUAUUAGACAUUACACCAAACAAGAAUUAGAAGCAACUAACCAAGCAGAAGAAGAAUCCUCUACUGGUGUUGUAUCAUCACCGGCAUCACUUUCAUCAAUGAGAUCAACAUCAGAAUCAUCCAUGGCAACGAAUCUUACUGAUUUACAAUCUCUAUCCAUAUUUCAAAGUGAAGGCUUUGUUGAAAAUUCUGUAAAUUAUGUCAUUGAGGUCGCUAUCAGCAUUCACCUUUCUAGACGCUUUAACCAGAAAGAAACGGAAAGAACCUCAGCUCAAUCCUCGUCAUCAGUUGACCUUUUACUUUGCCCACCCUUGAGAAUAUUUGUAAACUUCCAUCCAGAAUCUAACUCAAUUCAAAUCAUGGAUCCUGGAGUUGAUUUUAACUUGGACAAUGCAAGCAUAUUUCCUUCGAAACAAAACUCCUUGAUCAUUCCAACAACAGAAUUUCUGCCAACUGCUCAUUAUUCCCUUCUCUCAAAUACUCUUUUUCAAGCUGUGAAACAAGCAAUCAUCAAAACAUGUAUGAAUGGCACUGUACAGCCUUCUGAAAACCAAAUUCUCUCCCUUAUUCAUGCAUACGUACAAACAAGCACUCAAGCUCUUGAUGCCAUUAAUGUUGGUAUCUAG